UUCCUUUUGCGAGUAGUAGCUAUUUUAAUUUGUAUCUGAUGACUUCUAUCAGCUACCGCUGCAGCUUAUCAGCUGAGGAGGGCUUUGCUAUGACUUAACCGAUUAUUCUGAAGCUCUGAUAGAGAUACUGUCGAACAGGUGGAAAUCUUUAUAUAGGUGCGAGGCCUUGUUUACGUUCCGUUAGUACUGAUUGAGCAUCGAGCUCCACUGGCAGUAGGAUACAGAAGUUACAAUAGAGUCGUUUCAUUGAAAGUGAACUAAGUGUAAGGAUAAUGUUUUAAGGAAUAAGUGCUUGCUGUUAUGUGAUCGGGAACUAAGUGCUAGAGAAGCCGGUGAAAGUGUUUGAGAAAAAAAAUCAUCAGUUCCUGCUCUUCAUUCGUAUCUGUGUGGUUCUCCUAAUAUCUUGGAGAAGUGCUCAUUGAACAUUGUUAGUGACAUAUCGAAAUUAGAAUGGCGAUGAAAACGUGGUACAAAGUUGCCUGUCUAGGUGUAAUCUGCAUGGUUAUAUUGGACGUUGGAGCCCAGAAACUCAUCACCCAAGAUCGCCGGGUCAAGGCUUCGCAAGAGGAACAACCCUCAAAUAAUCCAACAAAAGUUUUCAUAGGACGCCAGGAAUCCGUAAAUCAAAGUUGCCAAGAAGAUUCGUCGCUUGAUGAGUUUCCGGACGAUCUUUUCACAGAGGAGCAACGACGAAAUGGUGCAAUAAUACUGCAUCUCAUGGGCGCAAUCUACUGCUUCACUCUGCUUGCCGUAGUGUGCAACGAUUAUUUCUUACCCGCCAUCGAGUGCAUUUGCAUCGAUUUGCGUAUCCCAAAAGAUGUUGCCGCCGCGACCUUCAUGUCUACCGCAACAACAAUGCCCGAGUUUUUCACAAACACCAUUAGUACGUUGAUUACUCAUUCAGAAAUGGGUUUGGGCAAUAUUAUUGGAUCGCUUAUGUUCAACACCCUCGGAGUAGCUGCAUUGUCUGCAUUGGCUAUUAACAAGUCAAUUCAGUUGGACUGGUGGCCAGUGUGUCGGGACUGUGUUAUCUAUUCCUUCCACACAAUUGUCCUUAUAAUUGUGGCCUGGGGAGGCGUGAUAACAUUUUGGGAAACCUUUGUCAUGGUUUGCUUAUGUUUGUGUUACUACGUCAUUAUAAUUAUCACGAAUUAUAAACUGAAAGGUAGACUUCGAGUAUUCGUGGAGGAUCAUUUGAACUGCUGUUCAUCGACUCGAUAUGAUUUGACGCUACCCGCAGAGCAUAGUGCUAAGGGAAAGCUGCCACUAGAAAAGGAGCAUAACCACCAUCAUCAAGAUGGAGUCUUUGCUAUCACUCCCUCGGAAUUUUCAAAUGUGCCACCCACGUUCAAGGAAAAAGAAUACAUCUUGGACGAAGACGACCUUAAAAAGCGUGGCAAGAGUCUUUUCAGAUGUCCAGACGGAGGGAUUUUAAGGAAAAUAUGGUGGCUGUACACGUGGCCAAUUAAACUAAUUCUCACAUGCCUCUGUCCAGAUCCUAAGAAGUACCGCAAAUUAUACCCCAUCACGUUCAUUAUGUGCAUUGCUUUCAUUGGUGCAAAUUCAUUCAUUAUUGUUUGGAUGCUUACUGUCUUUGGAACGACCUUCAAAAUUCCCGACGUUGUCAUGGGUCUCACAUUCUUGUCAGCAGGUUCAGCAAUGCCUGAGGCUCUAUCCAGUAUCAUGUCCGUUCGAAAAGGCGAAAGUGGAAUAGGAGUAUCGAACGCUUUAGGAGCAAAUUCGCUCGCAAUUUUGUUAUCCUUAGGAGUGCCAUGGUUCAUCCACAACAUCGUCAACUACAAUGUUCCCGGAAAGAACGUUAUCCACAUUUCCUCGUACGGAAUUGAGUAUACACUUGGGAUCCUUGUCCUAUCCACCAUUUCGCUUUUCGUUAUACUAACGAUUUCCGGAUUUCGUCUGAGGCGGAGAGUUGGACUGGCACUCAUAACAGUUUGGGGAGUUUUUAUCGUCCUGCAAGUCCUCAUCGAAAUGAAUAUCUUUUGGCCGUGGGUGACUGAAUGUUAAGCAGCCAUAAUGUAAUAGUUUCCCAAUUUUUGUUUGCGGAAGUGUUUGGGAGAGACAAUUGUGAUAUAAGCAUCAUGGACAUUCGUUCGUACUCAUUCGACUCGUUUUUGUAUUUAUUGUUAUUCACUAAGUUUCGAAGUCACCGCAUUGCAUUUGCCAUUGAAUUAAUACUCGAUAGAAACUUUUUGAUAAUGUUAUUUCAUUGUUAACGAAUUAUGAAGUCGCAAUGUUAUCCAUUAAUGAGUUCGUGGUGGUUACUUUUUACCCUAGUUGUUAAUUGUUUUUAUAGAAUCUAAGAACAUAAUAAACAAAAUUGUUAAAUAA